AUGCGAGCCAUGGUGAGGCGGGAAUGGUGGUACGGGAGUGGUGAGGCGGGAGUGGUGGUGCGACCACUUCGUUCCUCACCAUUCCCGCCGCUUUCCCUAUCCGCCACCAUUCCCCGCCGUUCGCGGCGCAACCGUGCAGCAUCAGCACCCGCGUCAGAAUCGCACGCGGGGUUAUCAUGCGUUGCAGGCGACGCGUCGCGCGCGGGCCACGCGACGGCGGUGGGAGUCGCAGGAGGCGCGGAGGCGGCGCCGCUGAUUCCGGGGCUGCCGGACGACCUGGCGACGGAGUGCCUGCUGCGCCUGCCGCGCCAGGAGCACCGCGCCAUGCGCCGCGUCUCACGGCGCUGGAACCAACUCAUUCAAUCCCCCCUGAACUACGAGAUGAGGCGGCACAGGGGCGUGCAGGAGGGGUGGGUGUACGUGCUGUGUUUGUUUUACCCAACCGCUAUGUCCCCUUCCCUCCCCCCAUCUUCCACCUCCCCCCAGUCGCCCCUGUACUACGAGAUGCGGCGGCACAGGGGGGUGCAGGAGGGGUGGGUGUACGUGCUAUCGCGUGACAGCUCGGACCGUCUGUGGUGGCACGCGCUGGACGUGCGCUCUGCCACGUGGCAUGACGUGCCCCGCAUGCCCUCCCUCUGCUCCCGCGCCUACGGCCUCGCCUGCGCCGUCUGCCAGGGCAACCUCUAUGUCAUCGGUGGUGCAGGCUGGCUCAAGCCCAGCCGUUCACAUGUGUACAGCCUCUGUGCGGCUGGUGGGGCAGGGUGUGUGCUGCAGCCAUCAAGAGUGGGUUACAUGUGGGCAGCUACUGAAAAUGCAUGUUCCUUCCAACUCAAGUACUGUAUCGCUGUGCGCAUUACCCAUCUCUCUCUCCUCCUCCCGCUCCCCUCCCCCAGGUACAACCCCCCCGCCAACAAGUGGGUACGAGUGGCGGAGGCCUUCCCCGGUGCCGUUAAAACGCUCUUCUUGCUCCUCUUCCCCCGUGCUGUAUCUGUGGGACCAUUCCCCCUCUCACACCGCCCUCUCCCCCUCCCCAGGUACAACCCGCCCGCCAACAAGUGGGUGCGAGUGGCGGACAUGGCGUUCCCCCGCUGCUACUGCAUGGCCGGUGCCGUGCGCCUUGAGAGGGAUGGCAAGGGCGGGGAGCAGGGCACUGCGUGGCUCAGAGAAGGGGGGAACGGGGGGACGCAGGCGGGAGACAGACUGGGGGAUGGCGGGUGGGAGAGGGCGAGGGAAAGGGGCAUUGAGAGGGAGAGGGAAAGGGAGAGGGGAAGGGGGAGAAUACAGGAUGGUGGGGGAGCGAGAGAGGGAGAAAGUGUUGGUGGGGUUGAAAGGGAGGGCGAGAGGAGCAGAGUGGAGGAAAGUGAAAGGGUUGGGGAGACAGCAAGAGGGGGUGAGUCGAGCAGUGGAGGGAAGGAGGGGGGGAACAGCAGGGAACCGAGAGUCGAGAAGUUGAGAGGGGCAGAGGGAGGGAGCAGCAGGGAGGUGCGGGUGUGUGGGGCGGCAGGGGCGUGGGCAACACAUCAGCAGGGAGGGGCGUGGGCGAGUGAGAGGCUGGUGGUGGCGGGCGGCAUGGGGGCCAGCAACACGUCACUGCUGACGUCCGUAGAAGUUUACCACCCGCAGGAGGAUAGGUGGACCAGUGCUGCCCCCCUACCCUUCGAGUGCGACUUAGAGGAUGCAGCAGUGUUAGCCAACCGACUGCUGCUGCGUCACAUGCGCUGCGUGCACUCCCCUCCCGGCCCUGACGCCGUCGCCUUCUCCCUCUCCUCCAACUCCUGGUCCCCACUUUCCGGGAACCUUCCCUCCGCCUGGCACGGCCCUUCCACGGUUCUCGACGGUCGGAUGUACAUGCUGGAUCAGAUCGGAGGCAUCCGAUUGGCCGUGUACGAUGACGUGGCGCAGAUGUGGCGCCCGAUUGGCCGGCUGUCCCCGGCGCUGCUGACGCCGCCAUGCCGGAUAUUAGGGUUUCGUGGGCGGCUGUACGUGAUAGGGCGGGGGUUGUCAAUGGUGGUGGUGGAGCUGCGUUGUGCUCGAGCUCUGAUUGGCUGCGGGUUGCUUGCUGUGCCGGUGAUUGGCUGGAUUGCUGCUGCUGUGAUUGGCUACGGAGGGCAGAGGAGAGGUUCGCCUCUCGUCGUCCUCACGGUUCUCGCAUGCGGCCUGUCCCUCGCCAUCGCCAUCGCCGCGUCGCAGUCGUUACCAAGCAACAGCUUCGCAACGCGCUACGAGCAGGCAUUGACCGAAACCCUACAGUUAAGCCCGAAACUCAAGGAGAUAUACAGAGCAGCGAGGCUCAGGGACUUGGUGCCUGACGACGAUGGCGAGAAUGACGACAUUGGCGAAGAAAACGGCUCUCGUCGAGUUUUGAAAUACGCGCCGAAGAAGCAGUUCGGGCUGAAUCCCCCGCCGCUCAACUCAGGGCCCAGCAUGGCUGACGUCAACAACACGUUUUUCCGUUUCGAUUCCGUCACGCCGAACGCGGUGGUGGACUGGCGCCAGACGAUGUACAUCUCGCCCAUCCAACGCCAGUACCUGCCUCUUCCCAAUGCAUCGCGCCGCUCCGCGCGUGUCUUUCUCUCGACUCAUACCUUUCCUCUCUUUCUGACUCCGCGUGCGUCCCUCCCGCCGCAGAUCACGGGGUGGGAGCUGGUGCCGCCGUACAACGCGCUCGCGCUGAUGAAGGCGGUCAGCAUGCAGCCAGUCGUCGCCUUCCUUAGCGGCUCGGCGCAGGACUUUCAGCAGUACAACUCGCGCGGGCAGCUGAAAAUUUACGACGGGCUGUGCUCGACGGACAUCAAUCACGCGAUGAUCGUGGUUGGCUACAACUACACGGGGCCCAACCUCACGGGCAGCUAUUGGAUCCUCAAGAACACGUGGUUCAACACGUGGGGCGACGCCGGCUUUAUAUCCGUGAAGGAUCCUCUCCUCAGUCCGCCCUCCCCUCCCGAUUCCGUUCCACCGUCGCUUCACUCCUUUCCCCCUGCACGCCUCCUCUCUCCCCGCAUCCCGUUUCCGCGCAGCAUCCCCGCCAUGUACCCGGUGUACUACCCGAGCGGGCCGCAGCCCGUGAAGAUGAACAACGGUCCGAUUUCGCGCGCGGACGACGGUAACGACGGCCGCUGGUGGACGCGCGCGUACAACAUCGCUUUGGACGCGUGCGCGGGGAUCAACCCGUGCGGCGCGGGGCGCUGCUACACGCGCGCGGGCAUCGCGCGGUGCGACUGCAGCGCGCUGGCGGGGAUGGUGGAGGUCACGGGCGUGCCCACGAGCAAGUGCGUGCCGCGCUACCCCUGCACCAGCCGCGGGCAGUACAACCCCUGCGGCAGCGGCACGUGCGUUAACCCCGGCGACGGCACCUACUCCUGCCAGUGCCCCGCCGGCUACGCCAUAGGAGCGGCAUCGGACGGCACGCAGACGUGCGUGGGAGUGGCGGGCGGGACAGCCUCGUUCCUGGCCUACCCCACAGUGCCUGGCGACACCUGCUCCUCCGUUGCUGCCGCCUUCGGCCUCACCACUGCAGCUCUCACCGCUCUCAACCCCUUCCUAAACUGCUCCCUCGCCUACCUCCCCCCCACGCUCAUCCUCACCGUCGCAAACGCCUCCUCCACCUCCAUAUCCCCCUCGGCACCGCUCUGCACCGCAACGUACACCGUGCAACCCAGCGACACCUGCACGUCCCUCGCAAACACCUUCUUCUCGGGGAGCUUAUCAGCACUGCGCACCGCCAACCCGCUCACAUGCACCACGUCACGCUCCUUCCUCUACCCUUCACAGAUCAUCUGCACGGCCAUCAGCUCCUUCUCCUCGCUGGCAGCCGUGGCAGUGCCGCAGUGCGGGCAGACAUACAUCACAGUAGCAGGCGACACGUGCCCGUCAGUGGCGUCCAAGUACGGCGUCAGCCUGGGCACGUUCAUGGGGCUCAACAGCGCGCUCUCGUGCACCACUGCCAUCCCCGUGGGGACGUACGUCUGCGUCGCCCCCAAGAGCACCCAGACCACAGUGAACUGCACGGCGUGGUACACGGUGCUGCAGGGUGACAACUGCCCCAACAUCUGGAACGCUGCCAACCUCACCGAGUCCACCUUCCUUGCUAUCAACCCUGGAAUCAGGUGCCAAGCCCCCUACCUCCAAGUGGGCCAAAAGGUCUGCAUCAACUCCCCUCUCCUCGCAUCGCUCCUCACCGCAUCCAACACCUCGUACUCGCUGUACACCGUGCAAUCCGGCGACACCCUCGCUCUCAUCUCCUCCAAGUUCAUCACGCGCUGCACCACCUCCUCCGUCUCCCCGGCCUCCAUCGCCGCAGCCAACAACAUUCUCGAAACCUGCACUCUGGUGGCCAGCUCCCAGCUCAUCAUCCCCUGUGAUGCGCGCGUGGGGAUCCUCGACUGCGGCUGUGCGCAGUCUCUCCCGGUGUGCGGCGCGGACUACGUCACGUACCCGUCGUACUGCGACGCGCUCUGCAACUACGCUCUGCCCAUCAUUCAGAACGACGUCUGCUCCGGCUGCAACGCCGCCUGCACCGGCCGCACUGGCCUGGCCCCAGCUGCAGGGUACGGGUGUGCGUGGAGCACGUGUCCUUACCCCACAUGGAAGCCGCUCGACAGCGACUGCACCACCCUCCAGGGGGACACGGCAGGCAAGUGCUGCAACGUGGAGCAGACGGUGUGUGACAACGUGUGCCGCGCGUCCAGCAACACGCUGGGCGGCACGUCGACUCAGCUGCAGUCCAACUACGACUCGUGCUACAGCCAGUGCAUGUGCUGCUCCCGUGUGCCCUGCACCACUAGCACGUGCCUGGCGCCCUCCAGCUGCUGGAGCCAGAGCCCCCGCAAGUGCACGUACAGUAACUUUAAGUAUUACUGGAACUGCACGUGGUUCCCGCCCAGCAACCCACUUGCGUAG